AUGCCUGUGUCCAUUGGGGUUGAACUAGACUUGGUGUCAAACCACCAGUGGAAACAGCUUGGACAAACCACAACCAUGGGCAGGGUUAUCUUCUAUGAGGACAGGAACUUCAUGGGGCGCUCCUGGGAGUGCAGCGGUGAUUUUUCUGAUAUGCACUCUUACCUGAGCCGCUGCCACUCCUGCAGGGUGAUGAGUGGUUGCUGGAUGGUUUACGAUCAACCCAACUACAUGGGAAACCAGUAUUUCAUGAGGAGGGGCGACUAUGCUGAUUACAUGAGCAUGUGGGGCUGGGGCAACAACUGGAUCAGGUCCUGCCGCAUGAUCCCCAUGUACAGAGGAUCCUACAGAAUGAGGGUCUAUGAGAGGGACAACUUCAUGGGUCAGAUGCACGAGAUGAUGGAUGACUGUGAUUCCUUCAUGGAUCACUACCACUGGUCCAACGGCUGCAUGUCCUGCCACGUGAUGGACGGCCACUGGCUCAUGUAUGAGCAUCCCCACUACAGAGGCAGGAUGUGGUACUUCAGGCCUGGAGAGUACAGGAACUUCAGGGACUACGGUGGCAUGAGGUUCAUGAGCAUGAGGCGCAUCAUGGACUCCUGGUAUUAA